AUGGGCGCUGCCUCGAGCGAUCUGGACCGCGCCGGCCAAGCACAGGUCCUUUGGACACUGCCACACCACAGCGGCAACAAUGUGUGGACUAACUAUGUCAUGUCCCGCUAUGGUAUGGGCUAUUCUGUCACAGGGGUCUCUGCCAGCCUCGCGUUGCCUAGGCUUCUGCGACGACGAAUGCAGGAUGGCCCUGCAGCGCGAUAUGAUUUUGAAACUGAGAUCUGUCAGCCCCAAACCAAGCAGGAUUGGAUUGUGGACAAUCUUGCUUUCUACUUUGUGAGCAAUGGAUUAUCCUUCGGCAUGGCGCCUGGUUUUUUACCUGGCUCAGAUUGUUCCUGGGUCAGUUGGCUUUUUGGUGAUUCUUUGAAAGGCAUGAUGCAACUGGUGUGGGGUUCUGCUCAAGGUCGAAGUUUACAAUCCGUCUCCCGAGCAGGGUCCUCCAUGUUCUACGGGGCCAGAGCCUCACAGAAGUGCUGA